UCUUCUCUUCUCCUCUCUCCUCUCCUCAGGAGCCCAGGCACUGGAGUGGCCAUGUGCCCGUGGUUGCCAUGGUGAACUGCUCUUAUCCCAACAAAGAGCCAGAACAAAUUGGGUUGAACUCAUACAUCUCUCUCUCUCCUUCACAUAAGGGUUUGCCUCUCGGAGGAAACAGCCACUGGACGCUGACUUCAAGUGCGCGCGAAAUUCAAAUUCCAGGCUCUGCGUAAAACUGAAGUGAAACCAAGACCAGAUUUUCUCAGGAUUUAAGACAGCUUGGAAUAUGUAAGCUACUUUCAAAGACUUUUUUAAGUCUAAAAAAGUUACACACUUUUUGAUGCUGCAGCUUUGCCUCAGUGACCCAAAUAGUUUGGGACUUUCCACAGCAGAUGUUUACGCACAAGGCAAAUGUCUUGGGUUAGUGUAUGAGCCUACCAAUGGCUGUAAGCACUGCUAGGAUCUGCUGUUUGUCUCCUUGGAAGUGACCGUAGUGGAUCAGUGACUGCUGGAAGGUGUGCGUGAUGACAUGGAGUGACAUUUCCAAUGGGUGGAACAGAGCGUCUGUGGUUACUUGCUACUUUAUGCCAGGUAGUCCUCCUGACCUGUGAGAAGCAUUUAAACCCUGUUGAGGUUGAAGUUGUAUUCCAGUCCUUCCCUUCCACUAGAGAUUCAGACACCUACACAGUCACCUGCAGGACUGCAAGUAACCAUCUGGUGUAUGUGGAUCCCAUUGAUCAUUCAGCAUGCUCCCCUGACUGCAAAAUCUCACUGCAGUUGGUCGAGGACCCGAGAGGAUAUAACAUCACACUGAGAGCCAGCAGAAAUGAUACGACUAUUGCGGCAAAGACUUUUCACUUCACCCCAGUCUCCCUGUCCUCCUUCCAUAUAUACAGCACGACGACUACUGCUCUCCUCACAUGGAAACCUCACAAACAACAACACCUAUCCACCUUGAGUCUUUACGACACUCACACACAAUCUGUCACACACAUCUUAAACAUAAACUCAUCGGAGGAAAACUCUAUGUACGCAGUGAAAGGUCUCCACCCUGGUACACGCUUCAAGGCCAAAGUCGUGGUGACCACAUUCCUAAAACACCUGAAUAUGAUGAUAAAGCAAGGACUCAGCUUUGGCAUGGAAGCAGCUCAGUGCCCUCCUGACUGGUUGGCCAGUGGAAGAAGCUGCUACACUGUGAGAAAGACAGGGUUGACCUGGAGCAAUGCCCAGCACAGCUGCAAGAAUCUGGCAGCUGGAAGUCACCUGGCUGAUCUGAAGACCCUGGAAGAUGUGCUUUUUAUAUCCUCUCACCUGCUGAGCCACAACAACCUGCUGCUGCUGUGGACCGGACUUACUGACCAGCAGGAGGAGGGACAUCCUGUCUGGUCUGAUGGCUCAGCCUAUAACCUGACAAACACUAUGUCAUUACUGCCAGCCAAUCAGACAGACUGUUUUGCCUUUCAAAGGAAUGCCACAGGAGCAGGAUACUUUCUCACUCCUUUCUUCUGUAACAUCCCCUUACCCUUCAUCUGCGAGUACCAGAUCCCUCCAGCCCCUGCCUCGUUCUCCUUUGACCUGGUUCAGGUGACAGAGCAACAGGUAGAGCUUCGCUGGAGUGACCUCUCAUUCUUGAACUCUCUCAGCCUCUCAUCCUUUGAGAUAUGCCUCCAGUACCAAGAGGAGGCAGAUGGAGAGUGGGGUCAAGGUGAAGAAGAUAGAAGCAGGAAGUCAGAGGACGUAAAGGGGACACAGAGCCAGAGAAGUAUAAAAAAAGUUGUCAGGGUCCCGAUUUCCCUCUCCUCCAGGGGGGUGACUGUGGCAGGUUUGUCUCCAGGGAGCGUCUACUCUUUCACCCUCAGAGUCUCUCACCCUGCUGGUGCCACCUGGAGCUUAGGACAAACACGGACUGCGUACACUAGACCUCUUCCUCCUCAAAAUGUCACCAUCAGCCACAUUACCGUCAGACAGAUUAGUGUUCACUGGAUGCUGACAGACGCACAGUCAAGGGUUGGAUGGACAUUUGUUGUGCGCUAUGUGGACAUGUCUUCAAGACAACAGAGGAUACUUGGAAUGACCAACAUCUCCAGGUUAUCUGAGACUGGUGGGCUGCAGUCAUACACCGCUGUGAUUGGAGGGCUGGAGUCUUACAGGAAAUACAGUGUUGAAGUUUACACAGUCACCCAGCACGGGAUAGAGAGCUGCGGACAAGCGUUUGUGACUGCACAGACUGCUGUUAGGACUCCCAGUGGUCUGGAGGUAUUCAGCACGGCAGAAAAUCUGACAGUCUGCUGGAAUCAUCCACCAGAUGACCCACCAGAUGGUUAUUACAUCACGUCCCACCCACACAUUUACCCUGCUCCCAUCUCACUGUGGACAAACCAGUCCAGUCCUGGUGUAAACUGGUUAAAUGAGUCAGUGUGUGUUAAUAUGGGCACAUUUACUCCAGGUCACACUUAUGAAGUUGGAGUUGUUUCACUGAGGGGAGAGGACAGGAGCAAGAGGACCAGUGUUACACACACAACAGAUCCAAUGCCAGUCCAGGUGGCAGUCCCUCUUUCAGUGGGCACAAACUCCGCACAGCUGUACAUCCAGCGUCCACAGCUGGGGCUGAUUGACGGAGUUAAAGUGUGUGUAUGUCCAGGAGUGUGUGACACUGUGUGUGAGGGAUUUUGCAGGGACACGUGCGACUGGUACGCCCUCCCUGCCGGUGUUCAUAUCAUAACUGUUGGCAACCUCAGUCCAGGAUCAGAGCAGCAGCUCAGGGUGUACAGUACAAGCCGGGAGCAGAUGGGACCACCUUACUACACCCGCCCCGUCAGAACAAGUCUGGCUCCUCCAAACAGAGUGAGGGAAGGCGUGGUGACGGAUUCAUCCAUAGAGCUUCUUUGGGAUCCUGCGCAAGGACACGCUCACAGCUAUGAGGUCGUCUGCCUCAACUGUGACCAUUCAUACAUGGUGCAGAAGGUGUCCAGUCAGAGUGCAACGUUUUCUAGUCUGACUCCGGGCAGGCUCUACUACUUUGCUGUACGAACAGAGAAGGAGUCCUUCACAGACAGUUCCCCUGUUACCAUUAACAUCACUGCAGCACCCAGCCCAGCAGAGGUGUCUCUUGUCAAUAAAACCACAUCAUCCAUAUGCAUUCGUUGGAGUACGGUCAAGGGAGUUGCGAGCGGACUCAUCCUGUCAAUCAAAAACAGAACAUCUAGCCAAGAGCUGAUCAUUUCUCAUCAGGAGGCCAGAUCUUACAGCUUUGAAGGCCUCGCUCCUGGAAGUCUUUAUACAAUUAAAGUGAUUAGCACCAGCAGGGAAAGAAAGAGUAAUCCUGCCACUGUGAUCCUCCAUACGAUUCCAGAGGUGCCACAGGAAGUGGCUCUUUCAGAGCAGGUAGUGACAUCUGUGUUUGUCACCUGGAGACCACCACCAGGAGAGGUGGAGUUGUACAAGCUUGUUUUUGGCCUGCAGUCUGUGGACAGGAAAUCAUGGAUUGAAGUGCUUGUCCAGGGCGCACGUUAUGAGAUCAGGGAUUUGAUCCCAGGGUCAGACUAUGGUGUCAGCAUUCAGAGUGUGCUGGGCUCCGACACCAGUCAAGCAGUCCACAGAGAGUUCAGCACACGCCCAGCAGGAUUAUGCGCCCUUCAUUUAGACAACAUAAACUCCUCUUCUGUCUCUGUGAGCUGGGACAGUGCGUUUGGAGAGUUUGACUUUCACAGAGUCACUGUGGCCAACGCCUCAGUCACAAACACACUCACCGUACCCAAGGAGGAGCGGGUUGCCGUGGUUACAGGCCUGGUGGACGGCUGCAGCUACAACGUGAGCACUGAGAGAGUGAGAGGCAUGACAGCGGGGAGCGCUGCCUCUUUGACUGUAACCACAGUGCCAGCCCGUGUAAGAGGAGUGCGUGUGGUGAAUGUGUCUGCACGUGCAUUCGCGCUACGUUGGGAGCAGGCUGCUGGGUGUGUGGAUCAUUAUCAAGUCAACCUGCUACCAAACCAGGGACAAGUCACAGUGCACCCUGCACGUGAUGGAUUCAUUCAGGCCAAUGUGGUGAAUGUCAGUCCAGGGACACAUUACAGCGUAACGGUCACCGCGGCCUCCUCCUCCUCCUCCUCCAACAUCAGCCCUGGAGUCAGCCGCAUGAUCAAUACUAAUGAGAGCGUUCCUGGUCCACCUUUAGGCCUGGAAGGAGAGGCUGUGGGCUCUAACGGUAUCCUGCUCUCCUGGACCAUGCCGUCGGAUGCCAACAAUAUAGAUGGAUAUGUCAUCAGGUACAAGGAGGUGUGUCCCUACCCUGAUCCCACCUUCACCCAGGUGACCAAGUACCUGGACAUACCAGAGACGCUGCUCACUGACUUCACCUCAGGUUCUACGUACCACAUUGAGGUAGCAGCCAUAGUUCCCGCUGGAAUAGGAGCCUUCAGCAAAUCUUUAUACAUAAAGACAGCAGAGUCCCCCCCCGGCCUGGUCACAAACUUGACUGCGUUUGCUCAGAACCACACCUCCGUCAUGGUCACCUGGUUCCUGCCGCACCGCAUCAACGGCCUCAUCACAAAGUUUGCUGUCAAGGCUAAACACGCUCGUACUGGGCAAACGGUCCGCACGCUAGAGGUCAACGCAGAGGACAUCAUGACCGGAGCGCUGCCUCACUGCAAUGAUGCAGCUGAUAUCCUGUCCCGCGCGACUCUUAGUCCCUUGGAGAUAACAGCAUCGUCGUCACCCAUCACCCUCUCCGCCGUGCCCCCUGCAGCUUCCUGGAGUGUGCCCAUAUCUGUAGGAGUUGAUCAGCUACGACCUUACACUGCCUAUCUGUUCGAAGUGUCUGCCUUCACCUCUGAUGGAGAGGGACAGAUAGCCUCCACUAUGGUCCGCAUGCCAGAAUCAGCCCCAGAAGACCCACCACAGAACUUCUCCAUAUUGAAUAUGACGUCUAGAUCAAUAUCUGUGUCCUGGAGCACUCCCAACAUUAUUACAGGAAAAUUCACCUAUGUGCUCUACCUUUAUGGGCCAACAGGAUAUUUGUAUGAGAACAGCACAGCAGACACUCGGUUUUCUCUGACUGGUUUGACCCCCUACACACAGUACACGGUGGCUGUCCGAGCCAAAGCUGCUGGAGAAGUGGGUCCAGCAGCGCAGGAUGAUGUAAUUACACCUGCUGAGGCACCCAGUGCAGUACAGGACUUGAUGGCAGAAGCCGAGGAUUCAGUUUCAAUCCGUGUGAGUUGGAGAAUCCCUGCCCAGCCCAACGGUCCGAUCACCCAGUACAAACUGCAGGUUCUGGUUGGCGAGGUUCUGCUGCAGGAAAUUACCCUCCUGGCAGAGAUGAAUACAACUGGUUUGCAUGAAGAUGAGACCGUUCCCCCUGAUGUCCAGGACAAUCCAGGGCGCCGUAAGAGAACUGCUGAGCUCAGUUUGGUCACAUCACCGCCCACUUUCACGGCUACUAUUUCUGCCCGCACGCUGCCCACUGGUGCAACCGCUUCCACCGUCACACACUUUGGUCAAAGAAGCGCUGAUCAAAUCACUAACACCAAUGCUCAAACAACUGCUGACUCCAUCGUCACAGAAAAGCCCAGCACCAGUUACGUUUCUGCUUCACACGCUUACAGCACAAACAGUCAGUCUUUUGACUCUGCGGUCUCUGGGACCUCUGCAUUCUCUCUCACCUCUGUGCCAGCUGCUACACUUCCACCCUGGCUGACAAAGCAAUCACACGCUGGGGAUAUGACCUCAGAUUCCUCCCCCUUGGCUCUGACCCCAGGCCAGCUACGCCUGUCCACACACGAUGCAUCAAUUACUGGACACGCAACACGUAGUGUGGCAACUUCUGGUACUACAGGUGUGACAGUUAGAGAGGAGGUGAUGGAGGUUUUGUCUGAGGAGGUGUCUUACUUGGUGUCAGAUCUGAAUCCCUUCACCGAGUACACGUUCAGGGUCACUGCCUCCACAACAGUGGGAGAGGGACCUGCAACGGACAUCACUGAGAAGACCAGGGAGCAGGUCCCAAGCUCAGUGCUCGAAGUUUCCUAUCAAAACAUCAGCUCCACCUCCAUACAAGUUACCUGGGUCCCACCUCUCAACCCCAAUGGGCGGAUCACUCAUUACACUGUCUAUGGCCUCAAACUGCACAAUAAUCAGGCCUUGACAUGGGUUACAAAUACCACCAGCAUAUUGAUAACAGAUUUGGACAAGUAUACUGCAUAUAAGCUACGUGUAGCUGCAUCUACAGCUGUGGGCGAGAGCUCUCUCUCUGAGGAAGACGACAUUUUUGUUUUCACCUUAGAGGACGAGCCUGACUCUCCGCCUGUGAACCUCGCUGUGGUUGACACCAGCCCCUCCACUGCCACAUUAGCCUGGUCUCCUCCAGAACAAGCCAAUGGGAUAAUCCAACAUUAUGAGGUCCUGUAUGAGAACGAGUCCUACUCUGCGUUGAUGAACACGUCCUCUAACACAGUCACUCUGAUGAACCUGAAGCCAUUCACCUACUACAAUGUGUCUGUGAGGGCGUACACACGUUACGGCCAUGGCAACCAAACGUCUGACACUUUAUACCUGCUGUCUGGAGAAGACGUCCCAGGCAGUCCUCCAUACAAUGUUACUUAUGAGUCGGUCAGUCCCAGCGAAGUGAACGUGACCUGGGAACCUCCUUUGAUGCCUAAUGGGAUCAUUACCCACUACAGCCUAGAGCUGUGGAAUUCCACCCACUACCUAAACCUCACCUCCCUCACCAACUUCAUCCACGUCAUGCAUCUGAGGAAAUAUGCACGCUAUCGCGUCAUGGUGCAAGCACACACACGUGUCGGGCCGGGAAACCACAGCAGCGAGCCACUCAACAUCACCACACUGGAGGAUGUGCCAAGUGACUCGGUCCGAAACCUGACUGCUCAGAUCUUCAGCUCCACGACCAUCAUCGUCAGCUGGGACCCUCCCAUGGAGCCCAAUGGCCGCCCCACCUACAUGCUCACCUUACAGGAGGCCGGCACCCCCUUGGACGUAUCCAACCAAGGGGCUCCGGCUGUCAACAAGACCAUCAAGCACAACACAACUGACAAUGUCUUCCUGUUCACCAGACUCAAGAAGUAUUUCCCUUAUGUGUUCACUGUUACCCCGGCAACUGCUGCUGGCGCUGCCUACAACCACACCAACACGUUGUAUCUGAGAACAGAUGAUGAUAUUCCUAGCUCUGCUCCAUUGCUGGUGUCCACCAGGAAUCUGUCGUCAUCCUCUAUCGAAGUGGUGUGGCAGCGCCCUCUAGAGGCCAAUGGGGAGAUAACAGAGUAUACCCUCACUCUGUUUGGCCCGGGGGGCUCCAACAUAACACAUACCCUCGACACCUCCUUCACCCUCACCAAACUACUUCCAUACACAGCUUAUAACCUCACCAUUACGGCUGCAACCCGCAAAGGCUCAGGGCCUUAUCUGAUGCUGCAGCUGCACACUGAUGAAGGAGGCCCCAUGUCUCCUCCCCGUAACCUGACUAUAUAUAACCACACAGCAGUCUCUGUGUGGCUGAGCUGGGAGCCUCCUCUGGAGCCCAAUGGAGUGGUGAUACAGUACGGCUUUAGGAUCCGAGACCUCAUCACACACACCGUUACACACAGGAACUCCUCUGGCUUGUCGACCACAGAGUAUAUAUCAGGCUUCAGGCCUCAUAGCUCCUACGAGAUCAGUGUUUACAGUUACACCAGAGUGGGCCAUGGGAAUCAGUUCAGCAGCCCUGUGACCUUCACGACUAACGAGUCAGUGUCUGACACAGUGGGGAACCUGUCUUGCUCAGGAGUGAGCUGGGAUUCAGUUCAGCUGUUUUGGGAGCUUCCGGCCAACCCUAACGGGCAGAUCAUAUUUUAUGAGAUUCUAGUGGAGGUAGACUCGCAGUCUUACACACACCAGGCUUACGCACCAGAGUACACAGUGACUGGGUUAUCUCCAGACCAGGAGUACAUGCUCACUGUGGCUGCAGUCAACUCUGCAGGACCUGGAGACAGACUAAACUGUACUGCAUCCACUCUGUCUGAAUCAGCCCCGGCUGCCCCUCGCUUUCUCACCAUUUCUCAGGUCACACCUAACAAUGUGACACUUGAGUGGGCUCCGCCACUUUCCAUUCCAGGCCUGCUGAAAGAGUACCACGUCAUCGCACAGCUGCUUUCGACUGUUUGUGAACCGAAUACACUAACUACUGCACAGCCGGCCCCAGAGGACGAACUGCCCUCGGACUGUGUGGACUCUGUUGUCACUGUGUCAGUGAAUGCUUCGGACGGAGUUGAAGAGAAUGAGCACAGCAUCACACUUCAGUCCCUGGCAAAGUACAGAUACUACCGCUUCAAAGUGGCUGCUGUGACCAACGCUGGAGUGGGAGAAUACACGCACUGGAACUACGCACGCACCCUGGCUGGAAACCCUGACGAACCUCCACGUGACCUUAAAGUAACCGCCACCUCCAACAGCCUUCGCAUUGCAUGGGGUGCUCCAGCCAUUCUCUCUGGACCAACUUCGUAUCUUGUGCAGGUGGAUGGCCCUGGUUUAAACAUCUCAACAGUCCGUGCUCCAGGAGAACUGACAACUCUCGUUGUGACUAACUUGACUGCUUUCACUCGUUACUUUGUGACUGUCAUUGCCUUCACUGGUCCUUUGGAAAACGCCACAAGUGAUGGGAAAGCCAUUGGGCCUAUUGGAUUUCAAACACUGGAGGAGGAGCCCAAAGACCCUCCCAAGAAUGUGAUAGUAUCAGUUAUCCCAGAGGAAGUGAACCGUGUGAAGGUGACUUUCACCCCUCCAGAGGAGCCCAAUGGAAACAUAACUGCUUACUAUGUGUACAUCUACGAAAAGGGCCAGCUGGUCAAGAACAUCAGCCUUAAUAUCACCCAACGAGACCAAAACAAUCUGACUGCAGUCAUAGAGGGCCUGAAGGGAGGACACAGCUACAGCAUACAGAUUUCAGCAAAGAACGGGGCUGGGAGGAGCCCACCCAGCCCGCAUGUCCAGAUAACCACAGGCAUCAGAGCCCCAGCCAAGCCAACCCAAAGACCCCAGGCAGUGCUGGGCCAUGGAGGGGUUGCCAUGGUAACCCACAGGAGUAUCACCAUCCGCAUGCCUGCCUGUUUCUAUAGUGACGACAAUGGACCAAUCACAAAAAUCCAGGUCAUCGUGGCCGAGUCAGGGGUGAAAGACAUCCAGAACUUGACCAACUGGAAGAAUGCAUUUUUUGUUCGUCCUGCCCCUUACCUGACCGACAAGGGGUUCCCCAACCCGCCAUGUUCCAUGUGGGACGGGACGUCGCACACAGAUGCACACAUCAGAAGUGGUCAUAGUUCGUCCAGAGGUGGGCGGCCCCUGUUGAAGCACAAUCACACUAAUGCAGCAACAUACGUAAUCGGAGGGGACGAUGAGUGUGUUAAGGAGAACAACACUGAUAGUUUCUGCAAUGGACCUCUGAAGCCAAACACCGUCUAUGUGUUUAAGUUCAGAGCCACUAACAUCAAUGACCAAUACACAGACUCUGAGUACUCAGAGCACAUCAAGACUGCAGUGGACGGGCUGUUAACCAGAGAUGAACAGAUCAUUCUGGGCGUUCUGCUCUCCUUCUUCUUGGCAGUGUUGCUCAUCAUUAUCAUCUGUGGCUCCGUCAAGAUCCAUCAGCGCAAGAAGGAGGGCGGGACUUAUUCACCCAGAGAGGCAGAGAUCAUAGAGACCAAGUGUAAACUGGAUCAGCUGAUCGCUGUGGCAGAUCUGGAGCUCAAACAAGAAAAACUGAACCGGUAUUCUUCCUUCUUCUUUAGGCGGAAAGAGAUUUAUGUGAUCCAGCUGCUCAGCUACAGGAAGUCACUCAAGCCUGUCAACAAGAAGUCUUUCCUGCAGCACGUAGAGGAUCUGUGUGCCAAUGACAAUGCCAAGUUUCAAGAGGAGUUUGCUGAGCUUCCAAAACUGCUCCAGGACCUGGCCACCACAGAUGCUGACCUGCCCUGGAACAAAUCCAAAAACCGCUUCCCCAACAUCAAACCUUACAAUAACAACCGGGUGAAACUGCUGUCAGAACCGGGCACAGCAGGCUCCGACUACAUCAAUGCCAGCUUUGUCUCAGGCUAUCUUUGUCCAAAUGAGUUCAUCGCCACCCAGGGUCCUCUGCCUGGCACAGUGGCUGACUUUUGGAGGAUGAUCUGGGAAACGGGAACCCGCACCAUCGCCAUGCUCACGCAGUGUUACGAGAAAGGCAGAAUUCGGUGUCACAAGUACUGGCCAGAGGACAACAAGCCAAUGUCAGUGUUUAGUGACAUUCUCAUCUCAAAAGUGUCAGAGGAAGUCCUUCCUGAUUGGACUAUCAGAACCCUAAAAGUAGAAAAGCACGGGCACUAUAUUCUGGUUCGCCACUUCAACUACACAUCGUGGCCCGAGCACGGAGUCCCAGAGUCCUGCAGCACUCUCAUUAAGUUUGUCAAAGCUGUCCGAGCUCACAGGCACGACAACACCACUAUAGUGGUCCACUGCAGUGCUGGUGUGGGCAGAACAGGUGUGUUCAUCGCUCUCGACCACCUCAUUCAGCACGUCAGAGAUCACGACUUCGUGGAUAUUUAUGGCCUGGUGGCUGAACUCCGCAGCGAGAGGAUGUGCAUGGUACAGAACCUGGCCCAGUACAUCUUCCUGCACCAAAGUACGCUGGAACUUCUAAACAAUAAAGGCAACAGCCAAUCCAUCUGGUUUGUCAGCUAUUCUGCUCUGGAGAAGAUGGACUCCCUGGACGCCAUGGAAGGUGAUGUUGAGCUGGAAUGGGAAGAGACCACUAUGUAAAGACUAACUGAGGGACACCUUUGCCCCGGGGGUGAGUGACACUUGUAUGUUUCGAGGUCAUUGGGACGUGACCUCUGCACAGACUCUGGACUGGACCAGUUAGAGGGAGGAGGAGGAGAAACAGGAAGCAGACAGCACGGUUUGAACUGAACGAUCUGUCAGUCGACUAAGACUUUGUUGCUCCACUUCAACUCACUUCUCGGCGCAGUCCUCCCUUUAAUGAACCUCUUGUCCAGUUGCUUUUAAAGAGAGCGAGAGAAGCAAAAGGGAGACAAAGAAUGUCAGAAUUGGCGGGGAGAACAGAGCAAAGCGGUGAGGUGACUGUGAGAGCUCUAUCACGUCUGUAAGCCUACAGGUACUUUGCACAAAUUGAUUUCACUGCGUAUUGUAAUUAUUGUAUUAUGUUGAUAUCAUCUAUGUUUUUGUAAGAUAACUUAUUCAGCCAAAAUGGUGUUUUUUUUUUCAAUCUCUUUGUAAUUCUGACUUUGUCAAAGUGUUUGACAUCAUUUCUGUUUUGUUUAUCCUUUCUCAAGAGUGAUUUGCAAAAAUAAAAGCAUCUUGUAUUUUUUCCAGCUGUGACAUUUAGCACUAAAACACUUGAGAACUUC